GCCCGGCAUGGCCUACGUAGCUGUCAGUAGAGUGACGUCUCUCAGUGGACUGUAUCUUCUUGAUAUGGAGGAGAAAAAAAUAUUCACCAACCCAGAAAUCACUGCAGCGCUUGAGAACAUGAGACAAGCCAACCUUGAUGACAUGAUGCCUCUUCUACAUGUGAGACAAACACUGAGCAGGUCAGACGUUUUCACCAUUGUUCAUCAUAACACAGAGGGACUGCCAGCUCACAUUAAUGACAUCAAGAGUCACCAUGAAUUGUGUCUAGCAGAUGUUUUGUGCCUAACAGAAACACACCUGCGGGGCUCUUUUGUCGCAGAGAGUCUCCACUUGGAAAAUUAUAAUUUGUUCAAACGCAACAGACACCUGUCCUACACAAACUUUCCCCAGAUGGCAAACAGAAGUGGUGGUGGUGUUGCUGUUUAUGUGAAAAGUGACAUUCAAGUGCAUGAAAAACAGUACAUCCAUAAUGUAACUGACCUUGAAUUUCUGGCUUUAAAGGUUGAAGCACCAGUCAGUGCACUGAUUGCAGUUGUAUACAGACCUCCAGACUACACUCUGAGGCCAUUCCUGAAAAACCUGAGCUGAGACACUCAGGACUGAACAGACUGCACAGUUUCUGUGACUGAGCCUCCAAAACACCUUCUUUGAAACCACACAUGAUAGAAGGGCUUUAUAUUUGCAGCAGCACUACUACAGGUAUUCAGUUUAUUACAGGAUGUGUUUGUUUCUUAGGACCAGCUCUAAGUGCACACUACCUAACAUAUACACCUUUCUGUUCAUUACAAACCAACUACUCUGGAUCAUAUGGCCAGUUGGGAGGAAUGUUGC